AUACGACACAGACCUGCAAAAAAAAUUAAACAGACACUGAAAUAAAUACGUUUGUUUGUGUUGCUAACGAACCCUUCUCUACUGCCCACAUUCACAAUGCUUUAUUUGAUUCUCUUUGUUGGAACGUUCGUCCUGUCCUCGGGGCAAUUCACGACUAGCCCAUCGUUUACAACAUCAACCACAAGUUCCAUAACCUUAACUGCUAACCCGUUGUUGGCACCGUCAACCACAACACCUACAACCACAACUACUGCCCCUGGGGAUACAACUACUGCCCCUGGGGAUACAACUACUGCCCCUGGGGAUACAACUACUACCCCUGGGGAUACAACUACUGCCCCAUGGGAUACAACUACUGCCCCUGAGGAAAUAACAACCACAACUGUUAUCGCGGAUUUUACAACAACACCCACAGCUGGUGUCCCAGAGGAUUCAACAACACCCACAGCUGGUGUCCCAGAGGAUUCAACAACACCCACAGCUGGUGUCCCAGAGGAUUCAACAACACCCACAGCUGGUGUCCCAGAGGAUUCAACAACACCCACAGCUGGUGUCCCAGAGGAUUCAACAACACCCACAGCCGUUCAACCAACAACAAUUCCUACAGCAAACCUGACCACGUUUGCACAUGCAAUGGUGAAUUUAUCCAGCUACGAAAAUCUGGAUAGCGAUGCAAUCGUUUCAAACAUUGAGGAGUUCUUGAAGCACAUCAGCAAUAAUGCCCUUGGACCUCUGAAGAUAACAGUGAACCGUUUCACAAAAUGUAGCGGCGCCCAGUGUGGAGACCAGCAACCCUCUACUACCCCUCAACCCACCACUGGCCCUCAAACCUCCCCUGACACUCAACCCUCUACUACCCCUGAACUCUUCGUUGACACUCAACCCACCACUGGCCCUCAAACCUCCCCUGACACUCAACCCUCUACUACCCCUGAACUCUUCGUUGACACUCAACCCACCACUGGCCCUCAAACCUCCCCUGACACUCAACCCUCUACUACCCCUGAACUCUUCGUUGACACUCAACCCUCUACUACCCCUCAAUUCUUCCCUGACACUCAAACCUCCACUGGCCCUCAACCCACAUUUACAUAGAUACCGUUCUGGUUUCAUAAUCACCACUGAUUCAUCAGACAUCUGUAUAGCCUACUUGUUGAUUUGUUAACUUGUCAAUAAUUUGAAAUGGAGUGGGGUAAAUUGAAAUGUAGGUACAUAAAUAUAUGUCAUACAAGUUCAUACUCUAACUUUGAAGGAAUAGCUAUGGUUUUUAAAAGUCAGUGAUAUUGGUAACACUUUCCAUUGAGGUAUCCUUUAAGUGAGUUGUAAAAAGGUAUAUGAAUACUUCAACAUCAACCGUACUGACUGGGAUUAGGAUAUGUAUUUUACUGUAUGACAGGGACUGGUAGAUAUUGCAAUCAACAAGUUUAAAUCAAUCAUGUGGAAAUAUCUCCAUUGACCCUGAACUUGGAUGUAGUAAUUCAAAGACUUUGGCUUUGUGAAGAUUGAAACUGCUUUUUCUAUAAAGUAUGGCAGACUAUUUAGAAAUAUGUUGUUUUUUUUUAGCUAAAUAUUUUGUAGCUUUUUUAUUCUGUUAUUUUCAUUACUUUUUAAGAUGUAUUCUUUGUUUUCCUUUGUCAGGUUGGGCCCCUCUCAAUCAAACCUGUUCUCAGCCCCAUUGUUAUUUAUUGAAGCUUUAUUUAACUAGGCAAGUCAGUUAAGCACAAAUUCUUAUUUACAAUGACAGCCUACCCCUGCCAAAUCCGGACGACACUGGGCCAAUUGUGCGCAGCCCUAUGGGACUCCCAAUCCCAGACGAAUGGGAUACAGGCCUGGAAUCAAAUCAGGGUCUGCAGUGACACCUCUUGCAUUGAGCUGUAGUGCCUUAGACUGCUGCGCCACUCGGGAGCCCAAUUGUGGUAUGUUAGGUUGUGAUCCUCUCAAUCAAACCUGUUUUUCAACCCCAUUGUGGUAUGUUAGAUUGGGUCCCUCUCAAUCAAACCUGUUUCUAGGUUCAGACAAAACAACUUUCUUCUUGUGCUCAUUUGGAAUCAUUGAUAAAAAAUAACAUGCCAAAUCAUCUCUUAUGUUGAUUAUAUUGCUAACUGACUUGAUUUAAAAUUACUUUCAGAUGAUGUGGGCAUGACAUGCUGUGUGGUUGAUUGACUUUUUUUUAAUGCAUUUGUUGGCAGUGGCUAGUUUAAAGGGGGCCUGAACAUACUGAUUUCACCUCGGUCUUCCUCCUCAUUAAGUAAAAUGCAUUUUCAUUUUGCGGGUGUGGUUUGAUGUGGGUGUGUUAUGUUCACUAUAUAAAAUAAUAUAAAAAA